AUGGAGGCAGAGUACAAUCUUCAGGUUACGCUGGACGGCGAGGAUUCCCUGCCACCGCAGCUGCUGGCAACACACGAACAGACGCACGAGUCACUGCCGCGGCGUACCAAACUUGUCUUCCUCUACAGCAGCGAGGACGAGGACGACGUCUACUCGGCCGAGACGAGGCGAGACGGCGAGGCAGCUGUAGUUACGGGGGUCGUGGCGCUGAAUCCGCCGCUGGACUCUCUUCAAGAGAUGCAGCUUGAGGCCGAAUUAGCGGCGCAACGUCAACCACACGACUCUGCGCUGCUGGCUGAUGAAGCAGCGCCGCAGCCACAGCUGUUCACCGAGGACACUGCGGGGGAGGAGGUGACGCCAACCUCCACGGUUCUGAGUGGUGUGAAGGUGGUGGAGGCGCUGCCGCUUCGUGAGCCGGAUGGUGGCUGUGGCAACGCGAGGGCGUCGCUGCGACGUCACUUGCAGGUAGAGGAGGCUGGACGACUUGCCUAUGCUAGAAAGCGAUUCCGCGACGAGGGUGGUAUGGACAGCGGUCGUGAUGGGGAGGAGGUGGAUGAUGCUGCGGCGGGCAGUGAGGAUGCCGGUCUCACCGGUCCGCAGCCCAUGGUGGACGGAGACGGGCUGGUGCGGGCGAUUGCUGUGGGUGGCUAUCAACUGACGGUGGACGAGCGUCAGCUGCAGAGCUGCAGUGGCGACGAUGAGGAGCACGCACAUGAGGGUGUGGAACGUGGAGACGACGGAGACGAGGUGGAUGAGGAGGAGGACGAGGAGGAUGAGAUGGACGAGGAGCUUGAUGAGGCGGUGGUGGUCGCGGUGGUGGAGCAGUUGGUGCGCUGCUGCGAGAGUGACGAACUAGACGCGUCACUGCGUGAAUCUGGAGAGCGAUUCCUUCUGAAGGCACGGUCGUGUCUGCAGCGGCUGAACGCCGGCGAGUUGGAGCCGGCGACCUUCGGCGAAGAGAUGCGGGGCGACAUAUUAUGUCUGUUGCGUGCCGUUCAGCGGCUGCGUCGCCCCAAAGACUCGCCGAUUGUAAUUGACGGGGUUGUGAUGGAUAUAUGA